GGUGAUCCACCCGCCUCUGCCUCCCAAAAUGCUGGGAUUACAGGCAUGAGCUACUAUGCCCAGCCUCCAUGUACUUCUUCCUGGCAAACUUUGCAACUCUGGAGAUCUACUUUUUCACCAUUGCCCCUUUGACUCUGGCCAACGUCCUGUCCAUGGGGAGAAACUUCAUCUCCCUGCCCGGCUGUGGAGCCCAGAUGUUCUUCUUCAUCUUCCUGGGAAGUGCUGACUGCAUCCUGCUGGCUGUCAUGGCCUUUGACUGGUUUGUGGCCAUCUGUCAUCCUCUCCCUUACGGCCUCAUCAUGAGCUGGAGAUUGUGUGUCCGGCUGGCCCUGGGGUCUCUGCUGCUGGGGUUCUUCUUAGCCAUGCAGCUGACCAUGCUUAUCUUCCAACUCCCUUUAUGCAGCAGCAAAGAAAAGUUCUACUGUGAUGUCCUCCCUGUCAUGAGACUGGCCUGUGCAGACACCUGGGUCCAUAUCACUCUGUGUGUGGUCAGCAUGACCGUUCUCACCGUCCCCUUCCUGCUCAUCACUCUCUGCUAUGUCUUCAUCAUGGCUGCCAUGCUGAAGAUCCACUCUGCAGAGGGGAGGCACAAGGCCUUCUCCAUUUCCUCCCGCCUGACUGUGGUUCUUCUCCAGGAUGGAUGUACAAGCCUCAUCUUCUUGUGUCCCAGCUCUAGCUACUAUCCUGAGAGGGGCCAGGUAGUAUCUGUGGUUUACACCUUCAUUACCCCUGUGCUUAAGCCCUUGAUCUACAGCAUGAGGAACAGAGAACUUAAGGAUGCUUUGAAGAGAGCAAUGACGAGGGUCCUGCUGCUCUAA